CAGCCAUGCAGCAGGUCUUAGACAACCUUACUGAUCUGCCAACAUCGACAGGCGCUGAAGAAAUAGACCUGAUAUUUCUUAAAGGAAUUAUGGAAAACCCUAUCGUAAGAUCACUUGCUAAGGCUCACGAGCGACUGGAAGAUUCUAAACUUGAGGCUGUCAGUGACAACAACCUGGAGCUGGUGAAUGAAAUUCUUGAAGACAUCAGUCCCUUAGUAAAUAAGGAUGAAAAUGUUGCAGAAUUGGUUGGAAUACUCAAGGAGCCUCAUUUUCAGUCACUCUUGGAAGCACACGAUAUUGUGGCUUCAAAAUGUUACGAUUCCCCUCCUUCUAGCCCAGAAGUCAAUAAUUCUUCAGUCAACAACCAGGUUGUUCCAGUAGAUGCUAUUCGUAUCCUUGGAAUUCACAAAAGAGCAGGAGAACCACUAGGAGUCACGUUUAGAGUUGAGAACAAUGAUCUGGUAAUAGCCCGAAUUCUUCAUGGAGGGAUGAUAGAUCGGCAAGGUCUUCUGCAUGUAGGUGACAUUAUUAAAGAGGUGAACGGCCACGAGGUUGGAAACAAUCCAAAAGAAUUGCAAGAACUGCUGAAAAACAUCAGUGGAAGUGUCACUUUGAAAAUUCUCCCCAGCUACAGAGACACUGUCAUUCCUCAACAGGUUUUUGUGAAGUGUCAUUUUGAUUAUAAUCCAUAUAAUGACAACCUCAUCCCUUGCAAAGAAGCAGGUUUGAAAUUUUCUAAAGGAGAAAUUCUUCAGAUUGUAAACCGGGAAGAUCCGAAUUGGUGGCAGGUUGGUAAAAAGAUUAAAAUAAAAACUGGCAGUGUGGAAGUCAGUCAACACCAUGUUUUUGUUAGGAGGGACUGGGACAACUCAGGGCCUUUCUGUGGAACAAUAAGCAGCAAGAAAAAGAAAAAGAUGAUGUAUCUCACUACAAGAAAUGCAGAAUUUGAUCGCCAUGAAAUCCAGAUAUAUGAGGAAGUAGCCAAAAUGCCUCCUUUUCAGAGGAAAACUCUGGUCUUGAUUGGGGCCCAAGGAGUGGGGCGAAGGAGUUUGAAGAACAGGUUUAUUGUGCUGAAUCCUACUAGAUUUGGAACUACAGUGCCAUUUACUUCACGAAAGCCAAGGGAUGAUGAAAAGGAUGGGCAAGCAUACAGGUUUGUGUCACGAGCUGAAAUGGAGACGGAUAUUAAAGCUGGCAGAUACUUAGAGCAUGGAGAAUAUGAAGGAAAUCUUUAUGGCACCAAAAUUGAUUCCAUCCUUGAAGUUGUUCAGACAGGAAGGACCUGUAUCUUGGACGUAAAUCCACAGGCCCUAAAAAUACUGAGGACUUCAGAAUUCAUGCCCUAUGUGGUGUUUAUUGCUGCUCCAGAGUUGGAGACUUUGCGAGCUAUGCACAAGGCUGUGGUAGAUGCUGGAAUUACAACCAAACUUCUCACUGACACUGAUCUGAAAAAAACAGUGGAUGAGAGCGCCCGGAUCCAGCGAGCCUACAACCACUACUUUGACCUGACCAUUGUAAAUGACAACCUGGACAAAGCCUUCGAGAAGCUGCAGACGGCCAUCGAGAGACUGAGGCUGGAGCCGCAGUGGGUCCCCAUCAGCUGGGUCUAUUGAGCCCUUCCAACGGGAGCUUAAGUAACAAAUAAAGUCAGCAGCAGCAAAUGUGAUGUGUAGAUACUGACGAUAACCUACAGCACCUGUGCAUUUUUACUCUGUGUAUAUUCAAAAGUACACUGUUCUGAAUUUUUAUAAAAAUGUUGAGGAGAAAGUGUACUUAAAUAUGUAAUUUAUUUUAAUUUUUCUAACUUUUUACAGAUAACCUUUCUAUUCAUAUCACAUGAAGGAAAUGCGUUUAAGCAUUUUUCUAUGUUUUGAUUUAGUACCUUUGCCUUUUUCAUCUAAGAAACUUUCAUUCACUUCAACAUUUACAUCUUGGUCUUACAUUUUCACUGUGAUUAAAAAAAGGAUACUUGAAACAAUUUUUGUAAAAUUUGUUAAUGUCAGUGUUUAACUGAUCAAAAGUCUAUAGCUCUUAUUAGGAAAGAACACUAAUUUCUUUGGGGUUUUUUUUCAUCUUUAAAAAACAAUAAUUUCAUGGAAGCAGAAUUUUAAAUAUUAAAAGCAGUAACAAAAACACAGGUCCUUUGCUCCAGCUGCUUUCAGCUUAAUGUUGGUGCAUUCCUGAUGUUUCACAAGUUCUUGAUAUCUCCUGAUUUAGAUAACUUUUAGUGUAGGUUCCCUUCUAUCUGUCUCCUAAAAUAACAGAGCAAUACCAUGCAAGCUGCUUAUUAAGCUUUCUUGGGAGCCAACCUGUUAGCCCAUUACAGUUGAAGUACUGACAUUAGAAAGUCAUACACAAGGUAAUUCAGUGCAAUUUGAGUAAUGGUGAAGUAGCUUGAGAAAGAACCUGAUAAUGUAGAGCCUUGUAGGUGACAUUUAAUGUUUAGGACUAUUUAUUCACUCUUGUGAGAACACAUUGCUUAAAAAAAGAAAAAAAAAAAAAAGUAUUUUCUUUUCUUAGGACAUUGUUCUGUAUUUGUAUAGUGAUCUGUGGCUUCAUUUCCUGUGAUGUCUAGCUGGGUUCUAAAUUAUCUUUUAAAUAUUUGCGUGUGACCAACUGCUGUAUUUUAUGAGUGUUGUGUAAUGGCAUUUCUGUGCUUUUUCUUACAUUGUUUUUAAUUGCAUUUUUCAUUAGAUAGCUUGUGAAUUGGAAGCUUACUGCUAAGAAGCAAUGUUGUUUAUAAGUUUUUUUGUUUACAGUGUAUUUCCUUUUUAGUGACAAUUCUCCCCUCAGUAGGCUCAUUGAUAUGUCAUAUUAGGUUCAGGUUCAUUGAUCAAAACUUAAGCUGAUGUAAAUUUCUGCAAAAUGAGAACAGAAGGAAAACACAGCUUGUUGCUCAGAUGAGCUUUUUGUGACCAUGUUUUAUAUGACACUGUCAGCUGUUGUAUAUAGUCAUAUUCACCAUCACAUACCAGGCUAGGUGUUUAUACUGAAGUCAUCUGUUUAAUUCCUCCUCUAUCUGGUGACAGGCACCUGGCUUCAGGAUUCUUUUUCAACACCAAAGUGUGACCUGGAAUGCUAUCAAAGGGCAUUUUCCUCAGAACUAUUUCUGGAGGAAGACAGACUUAGACAUUGUAAAACAGCGUUGCUUCCUGGGGCUCUGAAAAGACUUUUAUGUGCACAAGGAAAAGAAAAAAUGGAGUGGAAAGAGUAGAGGAAAACUGUUUAAAAAAACCUCAAAACACCCAUAUACAACAGAUGGUUUUUACACAGCCUGUAAAGUUGGUUGCUGUGGGGGAAGAGGGGCAGAGGAGACUUGAAAUCCCAGUGUAUGUGGAAAAAAGUUAGUUAAGCUUGUGUAUUAGCAUGGGAGAUCUUUGUGGCUCUUAAUACUGAGAUUUCAGUCUUUCAGAGGGAAUAUGAAAUUCUCUAAGGAAAAUUUGUACCAAUGCUAUUUUUAUUGUUAUGCUUUCCAGGAUGUGUUUUCUCUGGUUUUAAGUUUGGCAGAGCUCUUAAAUGUGGCACCAGCAUAGGACGUGUAGUUUUCUUUCCCAGGAGACACGUUCUGGGAUCCUAUUGCUCAGAGGCUGCUUUGAGAAGUGGAUGAGUGUUGUGCGUAGCAGCAAAUGCUAGCAGGGCUGUUGCUUGGCUAUUUCAGUGGUUUGCUUUUGGCACUCUGUGCUGAACAUGACUGAACUGUGUUUGUGUACUGUAUCAUGGGAGACCUCCAUAUGCUGUAAAUAAGAUGUGCUGUCUGGACAGAUAAGAUGCCUUUUCAUUAUGAGCUAGAAAUACACUCUUACUUGUGAUGCCAAAAGUGGGCUGAGUUCACUCUUCCCCAGUGAAUGGAACGAGAAGAUUCUUCAGUUUACUCACCACAGUACUUCAUAUUGCAAACAUCACUCAUUUUCAUCUUUUUUUUUUUUUCCAUAAAUUUACUGGACCAAACACAUGAAACACAGCUACUGAGGUUAAGCCAGGAAAGCCUCUCUCUACUCAUUCUGUUUCCAUCCCAGGGAUAAUACUGUCAAGAGAGCCUUCUCUAGUUAGCCAUCUCCAGAAUGCCACAUAUUUGCUAAAGCCUAAAGCUUUGAUGUGUGCUACAAGUUCACACUGUGUGCUUAAAUCAGGCAGUGGAGUGUUGUGGCUGAGCUUUGGGUGGUGGUGGUGUUGUACAUGGCAGUGAGUGAUUCUGCAGUGCAGUUCUGAUGCAGUAAGAGAAGGUUACUUGCUUGGGUUGGCACAAAAAUCAUGUGGAAGUGUUUGCAUGUCUGAUUUGGAUGUCUGCAUGCCAGGCUGGGUGGGAAAACAGCCCAAAUCCAAACACCACACACCUUGCAUGUGUUUGUUAAAUCUUGAGGGUUCACACUGGAGGGUUUAACGGUGAGAGGGACAGAGGUUGCUAUGUUUCUUUGUGGUGGUUUUGGGUUUUGGCACAAAAAAAAAUCUGAUUUUCAUUAGAUACUCUGCUUAGUUUGUCCCCACCUGGUAGCAUGACUGGAAUAACAGUUACUGUCUUUUAAGAAGAAUGUUCUUGGAGGUUCUUGAAAUGCUGGUGUUGUUUCAGUCACAUCCACAGCAGUGAGAGCCCCCACCUGCCAGGGUGUGCUGCAUCAGCUGUCAGACAUUGUGCAAUUAGGGGAGAAAGACACUAUGAAAGGCUCAUUUUGAGCAAGUGAAAACAUUUCCUAAUACACCCGUUUGGAGUAUUUUGGAGGAGUUAACUGGGAUUUUGUGUUAUCUCAUUCUGUACUAAACAUUUAUUUUCCAGAUACUAACGGGAAAACUUUACAUUGACUGUUAGAUUACAAUAGGUGUGUCUGAGCGAGGUGAAGAUGCUGCUAAAUGUUUAAGAUAUGUGGUAUGUAUCACAAGAUAAAUAUUUAAGUAGUUUAGAAAAGUAAAUUAUCAAAUAGUUGUCUGUGUAUAUGUAUGUAUGUGGAUGGUAAAACAAAAAAUGCUCAUGUUGGUUAUCACAUUACUAAGCUACCACAAAUUAAUCCAGAAAUGUACCUGCAUGUGAGACUUUAGAACUGGUACACUUCUCGACCUGGUUUAUUGUGUUUACUAAUGUAUAUUUUUUUAAAUAUACAGAUAUUUCAAUCUAAAAAAAAAAUCUAUAUUUAUCUGUAAUUUCUAUCUGUUUUGGACAGUGCAUGAGGUGCUGUAAAAUUCUGUACAUAUAGAGACUUAUAGAAGAAACACUGUAGUUGCCCUGUGAAUGAAAAGUUAUACAUAGAAGUACAGUCAGUAUGCCAAGACCUGUAAGUUAUUUCCCUGAAUUCACCAAAAAGUCACUUAAGCGUGCACCAAUCUCAGCUCUCCUGUAAAUACAGUGGUGCAUCGUGUACCCAGGUGAUGACCUUGCUGUCUCUAAGUGUUAUAGCAGGUCUGCUUUAGGUUCUGCAUCAUGUGACAAGAUGCAGUCCAAGUUUAGUGGAAUAAUUAUAAUGGAAUAUGUCAUCUUGCAUAGAUUUAUCAAAGUCUUUUAAAAUGUUCUGCAAAUCUACAACAAAGGUAAACAUGGAGUGGAAUCACAGAUCUUUGUAGGCAAGGAAAUUCGAGUUCAUAACCAAUGCAGUAUCCGUGACUUGUGCCGUGUUCUCGGCUCAGGGCAGCUCUCUGUGCUUUGUUGUACGAAAGUUUUGUGGAGCAGGAUGGCAGAUCAGCUCAUUGCUUUUGAAUUUGUGUUUAUAUAAACUGUCACAUCUUG